AUGCCACUAUACAAAGAAGACAAUUUCCUUAUAAUAAAUUUGAACUCACAGUAUACCUAUUUUUCAUUUGGAUUAAAAGAUUCACUAGCACCUCCACAAUUUACAAUUCCAACGGUUGUAUAUCAAGAUUCAGAAAAUAAACAAUAUUUAUCGACAGAAUCAGAAAAUACUACACCUAUUUAUCCAAUAAGAGAAUCAAAAAUUGUGGAUUUGGAUGCUUUCAAUGCCUUAAUUAAAAUUAUACUAUCAAGUGUAAUUCAACAACAUCCUAUUGUCACAAUUACAUCAAUUCCUUUAUUAAUCAUCGCUCCAUCAUUAACUUGGUCGAGAAAACAAAUCGAAUAUAUAACGAAAUAUUUAUUUGAAAGUUUAGAGAUUACAGCUUUUAAUAUAUUGGAUUUAAGUCUUGCUUCAACUUUCAGCUUCGCCGGUAUUGUGAAUUCUGUCGUUGUUUAUGCAGGUGAAGAUAGUAUACAAAUUGUUCCUGUACUCGGGUACCAAAGUAUUAAAUUUGCAAGUAAAUAUAUCACAGGACUGGGAGGCAAAACUAUAACAGAGGAAUUGAAGAUUAAAUUUCCAAAUUUUAAUGAUGAACAAAUUGAAGAGUUGAAAAUAAGUGGAAUAUUUGAAUUUUUAUUAGAAGGUGAAGAAUCAAUAGGAGAAAUAGAUGUCGAUAUGGAUGACAAUGACGAUGAAUUAGACGUUGCAAAAUUAGUUACAGAACAAGAAGGUAAUGAAGAUGAAAAUCAACCAACAAAAUCUAAUAAAGAAUUGGAAAAAAAUUUCUUUAUUGAUCCAACAAAUCAGGAAAAAGUAUGGUUAGGUAAAGAACGAUUUACAACUAACUCAAAAAUAAUAGAUAUAAUUGCAUCUGGAAUAUAUCAAUCCCUUCUCAAAAUCAAUGAUCUCGAAAAAAGGCAAGAUUGUUAUGAUAACAUAAUCUUAGUUGGUUCGAUUUUCCAAAUUCCCGGUUUAAAACAAUUAAUAAUCACAAGAUUAAUAAAUGAAUAUUUAGUUCGAGAACCAACUGCAAAUGGACAAUCGUCAGAAAAAGAUAUUGGAUCAACAAUAGCGAAAUAUCAACAAACAGAUGUGAGUAAUGGCGAUGCUGAUGCACAAUCAAAUAUUAAUCAAGUACCAUAUAGUAUAAAAUUAUGUAAGCUUCCAGAUUAUUUUCCCGAAUGGAAAAAACCAAAGAAUAAACAAGGUUCAUGGCAUGAUUGUUAUUUCCUUGGUGGAGAAAUUUAUGCAAAACAAAUAUUUUCUGGUAGUUUACAUCAUCAUAAUAAAGAAUUGUUUGUUAGUUCUGAAAUGUAUGAAGAAAGAGGACCUCAAAGUAUUUGGGACGUUAGUAUAUAG